AUGAGUUCUCUCGCAUUUCGUGUUUCUCUCACGUUCUCCGUACACACCUCGCCAAACCGGUCUGUGCGAUCAAGUGAAGAACCUGGCAACUUUACGACCAUGUUCUUGACUAUGAUCAUCUUUGCCGAUCCGAUGAGAAGAAUUCAACCACGGAUUAGUGUUCUUUAUCGACUUCACAGAGGACCUCAUCGGGGUGACUAUCCUGACAUCAUGGAUGAGGAUGUUCGAGAGUAG